CAAAUGCAUGUAAACGCGAGAGAUAGAAUAAUUCGUACAUCAAUUCCCCCUCUCAUAUCCCUCUGGUAACAAGUACCUCCAGAAAAUUUAAUCCAUUUGAUGCAUAGGUACCCGUGUACCACAGGCAUUAGUAAUUGUUCAAUGAAUAUUAUAUAGGCCAUCAUGAAUUGAAAAUAAGGGACAAUCAACCCGGAUCAUUGACACCCUAGACUACUCGCUUCAUCGAAUUGACAGCAGUUUUGCGGGGGAUUUGUACUCGAUAGGAUUGCUGGAGUAUUUUUGUUUUUCUGCGCUCAAGAGGUGGAAUUUUUUUCGUCAAUUAAAUAUUUUGGAUUUACUUUGAGAUGAAGAAGUUCGUUGGGAUACUGUGUCUGCUUCUUCAGGUGUCAAUUGGACUAUCUGGGCCGGUUGGACGCCCCGAUUUCGUCUCAGAUGAGAUGAUUGCACUGGCAGCAAGUGUUGUCAAUGCAUGUCAAACGCAAACAGGCGUGGCUACAGCUGACAUUGAAGCUGUCAGGAGUGGACAGUGGCCGGACUCAACACCCUUAAAGUGUUACAUGUACUGCCUCUGGGAACAAUUUGGCCUAGUCGAUGAUAAACGAGAGCUUAGUCUCAACGGAAUGCUGACAUUCUUCCAGAGAAUACCAGCCUACAGAGCUGAAGUGCAAACCGCAAUCAGAGAGUGCAAGGAGAUCGGUAAAUACUUGGCUAAUGGAGACAACUGUCAGUAUGCAUACACCUUCAACAUGUGUUAUGCAAAACUAUCCCCAAGGACUUACUAUUUAUUCUAACUGCCAAAAAAACUCGAAAAAACCGUGUAAUCAUCUUCAAUGUGAUCAUUAAUGAAGCACAAUUACGAAGUAACUCGCCGAAUACUCAACUAAUGUAUCUACUAUUGAUAUCAAAAAGUAACAAUCACGUAAACAUUUUUUCGAUGAAACCUGUACGUUUGAUGGAAUAUUACUAUUGACUUUAAUAAAAAAAAUAUUGAGUGUCAUA